CGCGCGCGCGCGGGGGGCCCGGCGGAGGUCGGGGCGGUGCCGCUGCCGGUGUCGCUGUCGCGGGCGGUGUCGCGAUCGGUGCCGGUGCGGAGCCCCCGCGGUGGGUGUCGCGGCGAUGGACACGCUGGGCAGGAAGGUGGUGGUGUGCGACAACGGCACCGGGUUUGUGAAAUGUGGCUAUGCAGGCUCAAAUUUUCCAGAGCACAUUUUUCCAGCUUUGGUUGGAAGACCCAUUAUAAGAUCAACUGCUAAAGUAGGAAACAUUGAAAUCAAGAAUAACAAAAAGAUGGAUCUCAUGGUUGGUGAUGAAGCCAGUGAAUUACGGUCAAUGCUGGAAGUGAAUUAUCCAAUGGAGAACGGCAUAGUUCGAAACUGGGAUGAUAUGAAGCACCUUUGGGAUUACACGUUUGGACCAGAGAAACUUAAUAUUGACACAAAAAAUUGUAAAAUUCUACUCACAGAACCUCCCAUGAAUCCAACUAAAAACAGGGAGAAGAUUGUGGAGGUUAUGUUUGAGACGUACCAGUUUUCUGGGGUAUAUGUAGCCAUCCAGGCUGUUCUUACUCUGUAUGCUCAAGGUUUGUUGACUGGUGUUGUUGUGGACUCUGGAGAUGGUGUAACCCACAUUUGCCCAGUUUAUGAAGGUUUCUCUCUCCCUCAUCUCACGAGACGGUUAGAUAUUGCUGGGAGGGAUAUCACUAGGUACCUCAUUAAGCUCCUCCUGCUGCGAGGUUACGCUUUCAACCAUUCUGCUGAUUUUGAGACGGUUCGCAUGAUCAAGGAAAAGCUCUGUUAUGUGGGAUACAACAUUGAACAGGAGCAGAAACUGGCACUAGAGACCACAGUAUUAGUUGAAUCCUACACGCUCCCGGAUGGCAGGAUUAUCAAAGUUGGUGGAGAACGGUUCGAGGCACCAGAGGCCCUUUUCCAGCCUCACUUAAUAAAUGUAGAAGGGGUUGGUGUGGCUGAGUUGCUGUUUAACACCAUCCAGGCCGCUGACAUUGAUACCAGGUCUGAAUUCUACAAGCACAUUGUGCUGUCUGGAGGGUCCACCAUGUACCCCGGGCUCCCUUCGCGGCUGGAGCGGGAACUGAAACAGCUCUACCUGGAACGAGUUCUGAAAGGAGACGUGGAAAAGCUCUCGAAAUUUAAGAUCCGAAUCGAGGAUCCACCCCGUCGGAAGCACAUGGUGUUCCUGGGGGGCGCGGUUCUAGCAGACAUCAUGAAAGACAAAGACAACUUCUGGAUGACCCGACAAGAAUACCAGGAAAAGGGAGUGCGUGUGCUGGAGAAGCUUGGUGUGACUGUUCGAUAAAUCCCAAAGCUUGUUCCCAUCACAUGUCUAAAGCUUUUUUUCUUUCAUUGCCAAUCUCUGAACUCACUCAGCUACAUGCUAUGGAAGGGCCUGUCUUGGCCUUUUGACCCAAACGUCAAGUUUUGUUCUGGUUUCUUGGGGUAGCUUUUGUUAAACGUUUCUUAAUGUGGCUAAAUUUGACUAUUAAAUUUGACCACUUCCCUGCAAACAAAACGGAGCAAGAGCAGCCUGUCUACUUCAUUGUUCCUUCCCAGUAGGCAAUUGGGUAAUUCUGGUAGGCUUUUUCUUCUGGGUUUAUUGCUGUAGUCCUGCUAGCUUUUGUCUCUAGUUCACAAGGAGUUGUGUGCCUUUUCUAGCAUAAGAAAACCUUUAAACAAGAGGUUUUGGUAUUGGAUCAUUGUGGUGAUUAUCUUUGCAUCUUUAUGCCUCUCUCUACAUCAAGUUCAUUUUUUUUUCUUUUCUUGCAAAUUAGGAAUUUUGAUUAAACAUUGCUAGAAACUAGUUGAAGUAGCUGGAAUGGCUUUAACACACCGUUUCCAUGUAAUGUGGUUCCAUAUGCACUGCUGCCUAAACUGGCUUCUGAGGGGGUUUAUCCUUAAAGGUGGUGGUGGUGGGGCUUUCAGACUGUAUUUCUUUAAAGUGGGAAUGUACAGUUGCCACAAAUGGAGACAACACCUGAUGUUCUGGCAAAUGUACAUUUGUGGCCUUAGGUGUCUUUUUUUUUCUGGAGAGAGGAGACAGGUUUGAGCAUGUUGCUUUUUUUGUUAAGGGACAGCUGGGGGGGGUCAGCCUGACCAAAAAUGCCUCUUUUUAUAACUAAAUUUUGGUACCACGUUGUCUCAGCAUAGGGAGCAAGAAUGUUAAAUUAGCUAUUCUGUAAUUGUUGAGAAACUUAGAUAUGCUGAGACAGGAGCCUCUAAACUUAUUGAAGUGAUUUAAUACUUUCAGAAACGCUUGUGAAAACUGUAACUAUAGAUAUUAAAACCCCCAGAACUAAGUUUUAAAAAAGUCUGAUGUUUUAAGUGCUUGUGUGUACAUCAGAAGCACUUCCAUUAAACUUUACAAGUAUAUUAACCUAGUGCCAAGUAGUUACUGCAAAUGAAUAUUUCAAUGACCAGUGUUUAUUGCAGCAAGCAGAUAUUUAUAAACAACCAGUGGCAGUAGGUUAUAAAGAAUGACUUAUAUUUCUUCCAGUUAAAAAUAACAUUGGAAUAUGAGAUGUUGUUGGUUGGUAAAUAGCCACAAUUCAUUCUAUCCCGUCUUGAUUUUUGAUACUUAACAUGGGAUGGGGAAGGAAGUGAAAACCAGUGAUGAAAAUGCUGUUUUCGAGAAAGUACAUUAAAGCUGAGCUGUUCUAAAAAAUAGAAGUUGUCACUAGUAAUUAUCAGCCACCUUCUCUGAGUAUAGUUGCCUGUAUUUUUUUUUCCUACUAGCAGACUGGUAACUAUCUUUGCAAUAAAAUCUGCCUUACAGUAAGCAUAGCAAAAACUGCCAGUUAGACUUAGUUCUACUUUACUUUCCAUGGAAAUAAUACAUUACUUCUUGCUGGUUUUCGAAGCCUACCAUAACAUUUAAGCAUAAGGAAGUUAAGACCUGCUUUUGACUUCCAAAGCUUGGAAUGUACAAGAGAUGCUUUCAUAUACUUGCCAUUUGUCUACAUCUUUGCAUUAAUAAUUGACCCCAGGAACACAGAAAUAUUAAACUCCCUUGGAUUCUUAAAAUCUGCUUUCUUUCUAAAUCAAGCAGACAGCUUCCUUUGGCUGAGCGAGCCAAAGGGGCAGAAACCAUGUCUGCAUUUCUUUAAUAACAAGACAGUCACUAUAGUAUUGCUAGUAAUGACCAUUUAAUUAUAGGUGGGUGGGGUUUUUUGCAGCUAUAUUUACUCUUAACUUGAACAAUAUGAAUUUACAGGCAUGCCGGUCGUGCCUCAGUGCAUGCACUUAAGCAGUUACUAGAUUUUUGGGGACAUGAAUGUAAGGGGUACUCUGAAUUCCUGUAGUCUUCUAAACAUUUAAUACACAAGACUUAAAAAAUGCUGUGGGCUUGCUUUAGAGCUAUGAUUUCUCAAGUGACUGUCUCUGGGCUUUUCAGACAGUGUUGGGAAUCAUGGAAAUAAACCAAAGAAUGACUUAAAAAACUUUUUUUGAAUGACAAUCUGUCAUGUGGUUUUUCAGAUCUAGACCUUGACCCUGCAACCCCUUUUCUAAACCAUCUUCUCCCCUGUCCAUUGGACUUGGUUAGGUAUGUGCAUGUUUGAGUUAAAGUUUUGGAAUUUGGCCCUUUCACUAGAGAACUUCACAGCACCAUGAGUAAUAAAUGUCAGUUGAUUGUGCAGAAUCUUGGGUUUCCAUGGAAACCAUGUAUAUAUUAAAAAAAAAAAAAAAAAGAGGCAACUAGCAUUUUAAAUUAACUGUUAUCGUGGAUUCAGAGGAACACAUAUGUAAUCCAAGUACUGAAUGGGGUGUUCCAGUUGUGCUCAGUGUGGUUCUCCACGUGUGUGUUUGCACACACAAGAGUGUGUGUGUGUGUGUUCUCUCAGCUGACAGCUUCAAUAUUGCUAUGAAAGCAAUCUGGUUUUAAAAUAUUCUUUUUUUUUGAAGACCAAAUAACUUGAAUUGUAUUUGCAAAAUGCUUCAGCUCCUAUAAAAUUAGAAUAGAAGAUGCCGCAUCAGUUGUAAGUUUUUUGGGAACAUCCUAUUUUUAAUGUUAAGCUGCUUCAAACCCUCCCCUCCCCCAGUGUUCUAGGAUGUUAACCGAUGUAACACAAAUGGCUUUUUAUACAGUUCUGAAUAAUGUUAACACACAACACUGGUUGAGACCGUGAAUGGAAAUAAACAUCUAUUUAAAUUGACAGGUCUUUUCAAUACAAAAAUAAAAUCAGAUUUUUUUCAAAGUA